UUGUCGUACGCCGCCAUCUUCGGCAUGCGCACCGACCUCAACCUCGUUGGCCAAGAGUACCAAAACCUCGCCAGCUACUUCUACUUUGGCCAGCUCGCCUCGGAGCCCGUCGUCCUGUGGCUCCUGCACAAGCUCCCGAUCCGCACCUUUGUCGCCGUCUCGAUCGUCGCCUGGGCCAUCGUCGUCGCCGCUCAAGCCGCGCCGCACAACUACGCUGGAAUGCUCGCGACCCGAAUCAUGCUUGGCUUCACCGAGGGAGCCGUGGCGCCCGCCUUUAUCGUCUUGAGCAGCGUCUGGUGGCGCAAGCGCGAGCAGCCCAUCCGCCUCGCCGUCUUUGUCUCGUUCAACGCGCUCGCGCAGAUCGUCGGAGCGCUCCUCCUGUACGGCUGUGGGUCCAUCGACAACAUCGCGCUCAAGGGUUGGCGCCUGUCGUACAUCAUUUGCGCGAUCCUCACCCUCGUCGGCGGCGUCUUCUUCUUCAUCUUCGUCCCCAAGUCGCCCUCGACGGCCUGGUUCCUCAAGCCUGAGGAGCGCGAGGUGGCUGCUCUUCGUGUCGCGUCGGAGCGAGCUUCGGGCGAGCACUCUGAAUGGUCCUGGCCGCAGUUCUGGGCCACCUUGACCGACGUUCGGUUCUACAUCGUCUUCCUCUGGGCGACGCUUGUCUGCAUCACCUCGAUCGUCACCAUGGGCUCGAUCAUCAUCAAGGGCUUCAAGUUCGACCCGUUCAAGACGAUCCUCGUCGGCCUGCCAGGGCCGGGCAUCCAGCUCAUCUGCAUCUGGACCGGCGCGCUCGCCCUCAAGCGGUUCCCCAACUCGCGCGGCUGGACUCAGAUGGCCCUCACGCUCGUCCCUCUCGUCGGCGUCAUCGUCAUGCGCACCCUCCCGUACAGCGACGCCAACCGGUGGGGCCUCGUCGUUGGCUACUGGAUGGCGACCGCAAACUCGUCGGUGUACGUCGUCAACAUGAGCCUCAUCGCGAGCAACUUCAAGGGGCACACCCGCAAGAGCAUGGUGUCCGUCGUCUACUUCAUGGGCUACUGCGCCGGCUGCAUCGCAGGUGCGUCGCUGAAUCUCCCUUUCCUCGACCUCAUCCUGACGUUCUCGAUCUCACGCAGGCCCUCAACUCUUCCUGACGAAGGAGGCCCCUCUCUACCGCACCGCCACCAACGCCAUUAUCGUACGUCCCUCCAUUCUCUCCUUCCCUCUGGUCCGAAGCGGCGACGAACGCCUGCGCUCGAGCCUGUCCUCUCGAGACUCUCCUGA